AUGCAAGCGAUCGUGGAUGGCGAAAUCUACGCCCUCGUCCACGAACUUCUUGCUCUUCGUCGGAGAGAUCCCGAUCCCGACCUCCACGACCUGCUCUUCAGAGACAUCACCGACGAAUUGGACGCCAUCAUAGUGGUUGACGACAUGGAACGCAGUCUACUGCAGGAUAUGGAAAGUGAAAAGCGAGUCACUGCGCGGAUCAAGGUCUUGGAGCGACAUCGGAACAUUCGAAGAUUGAGGGAGGCAAAGGAGAAAGUGGAGCUGGCUAUGGAGCAGUAUAUGGCAGCGGUUGAAGCUCAAGCAUGGGAACAGAAGGCGCAGGCGUCAGGUUUGGGGGUCCAGACGCGCGUGGAUGAGGCUAAUGAGGCACUGAAGAAGAGGACUUCUGAGUUUGAAGAGUUGAAGAAGAUGUUGGAGUGA